CUAAAUAAUUGUUGAAGUGCUCUGUUUUUAAAAUAUCUUUUUACAAUGAUAAAUUACCGCACACAUGAACUGAGUGGUUCGCCAUCGAUGCCCCGUCGCCGCCAGAUCGGGCAUACUUCCGGCCAUUGUAAUGUGCGCUGCGAUGGCUGCGGCAACAAUAGGAUGACCUUCUAUCGCUACAAGUGCCUGCACUGCCUGGACUAUGAUCUUUGCUCCGACUGCAAGGAAAAUGGGGUCUCAAACGGGUUGCACAGUCUGGAUCAUCCGCUCCAGUGCCUAAUGGAUCGUGAUGCACUUGAGCUGCACUUCGCCGGUGAGCCGAUUCCGAUAUUGUGCGCCGACAGCUUCACGUGCCCAGUGUGCGGUGAAAUGGGCUUUUCCGUAGAGGAUCUGAGGACGCACUGCCAAGAUAAUCAUCGCAUGGCGCGCACAGUUUGCAUUUGCCCAGUCUGCGCGGCGGUCCCAUUGUCGCAACCGAGUCACAUUGCUCACAUUGCCAAUCACUUGAUGUUCUCGCCAUCGCAUCGCGCUACAGGGGAUCCGAUGAUCGAUAUCAGCGCCACUUCCCAGGCUGAGGGCUCCAGUUUGCCCCAGAACUCUGCCGUGAGCUCUGGAUCUGGCGCUCAACACACUUUUUCCAGCUCGGAAAAUUCCCAGGUGCGCUUCCUUCUACCCGGAAACAGAGCUCCCUUAGCUGAUUCCGACGAUUUUAACAUGGACAAUUGGGAGGUAUAAAACCCUUCGCAUCAGGAUGACGAAGGAGCACUACACAACAUUAUAGGUUUGAAGAUUUUUACCCCACAUCAGAAACUACACAAAAAAACAAACACACACACACACAAAACAAACAAGCACUUGUACCGCUACGGAAUUCGCGUGCGGAAUUAAAGAGUUCGUUUUUUCGUUAGAUAAUGAAUGACGAAUAUGGAGAAAUCCUAAAAAAACACUAAAAACAAAAAAAAAACACAAAAACACAAAAAAACGCACAAGAAUCACAAAAACGCACAAAAAACCAAGCCACUUGUAUGACAUUAAAGAAUUCGUUUUUUCGUUAGAUAAUGAAUGACGAAUAUGGAGAAAAACU